UACUUCGGGUUUGUAUGGAAAUGAGCCAUUAUAGCCCGCCCCUCGAGCCGCUUUGGAAAGCGUUUACAAGAGUAUAAAUGGCUGUACUGAUGGUGCGAAAAGUUAGAAGAGUUAAGGAGAAUUGAACUUGGGGAAAAUCUACAACAAAAUGGAGCUCAGUUCAUUGAUUUUUCUGAUCCUUUCAUGCUCUCUUUGUUACGUUUUUGCAUUGUCACCGAAACAAGAGGUGUGUCUACUUCAAGUAGAUGAGGGACCUUGCAGAGGAGAUAUCCAACGUUACUACUACAAUACUAUCACUCAACAAUGCGAAGAGUUUGUCUAUGGAGGCUGCCAAGGGAAUGCAAACAACUUCAUGAGUUUUCUGGCGUGUCAGAAAGCAUGUUUUAGAAUACCAAAGGUCCCCCAGAUCUGCAGGUUCCAGAAAGAGGUGGGUCCCUGUCGGGCCAAUUUCUUGAGCUACUUCUUCAACAUGAUCACCAUGCAGUGUGAGCAGUUCGUCUACGGAGGCUGUCAGGGCAACGAGAACCGCUUUCAGGACCAGUUGUCUUGCAUGGAGUACUGCAGACCACACAAAACUACUCCUGUGCUCUGCCUGGAUCCCCUGGAUAAAGGAGGAUGUGCUGCAUCUAUACCGCGCUACUACUACAACUCAGCCUCCAGGAUGUGUGAGCAGUUCAUCUAUUCAGGUUGUGGAGGAAGCAGCAACAACUUUAUAUCCAGACAAAGCUGCAUGGACAUCUGUGCUAAAGCUGGGAAACCAUGGAUAAGCAGAAAAACAGGCAGAAGAGCAGGCAUGAUGAGAACAACUUCCAAAAACCGUAUUAGAAUAAAGCCUAAUAACAAUAUUAAAUGGUCAACAAUUUGAUUCAGUGAUUUUAUUCAAAGGGGCACAUGAAUUGACUAUAAUUGAACUAUCAUUGACAUGUUGAAUUGUAUUUUUUUUACUGCACCAUAAUUGACUUGCUACUUGCACUGCCUUGUCUGUAAUGGUUCAUUGUGAUGCAUAGUUGAAAAUAGCAAACCAAUCAAUCAAAUGUGAAUCGACCUACACCAGCAGUAUUUUUGCUGAGUACGUUUCUCAAGACAGUUUGUAUUGUAGUAUACAUUUACCAUGGCAACUAUCAUACAAUAUAAAAAUAUAUUUUUGUAGAAUUUUUUUAAAUGUAUUUUAGAUUUUUAAAAAUACUUUAACAGUUUAGUGUUUUCCACCAUUUAUGAUGAAGUUAUACUGAGGCACUGUUUAAAUUGUUAAGCAAUAUUAGCAAAAUAAUUUAUGUAUUGUUUUGUGUUUUCAACAUAGUACAUUUUAACAAAAACCUUUGCUUAACUUUAUAUUAAGUUUUCACACCAUGACAUAAUGGAUAUAAUAAAAUAACUCAAGACAUUUUUGUCUGUACACUA